AUGAUGCGUCGCUGCUGUUGCAAAUGUGGUUGUUUAUGUGUCAACGGACGCGAAGCUGAUCCUGAGGAACUUCCAGAACAAUUGAGAACAAAACGCGACGACAAACAAGACGCUUUUGUAAUCAGAUCUAAUAGUAUCGAAAUCAAAGAUGAGAAUUGUCUCGAAGUAACACCAGAGACAUCACAGAAAGUCACCAUUGUAUGCAUGAAAUGCGGACAAUACAUUACCCUUUUCGAGAAAAUGGGAUACGGUUUUGCAGUCUUGAACAGAAAUCAAUACAGACCAUCUAGAAGGCAAUCAUAUACCAACACAAACCAGGACUCAAAAAUGAUUUCAAAUCCACUCAUCCAAAAAUAUGUGAAUUUUGAUUCACAAAAAGAUAAUGAUGAUCCAUUAUUUUCUUAUGAUUCUUAUGCUAGUGAUACAGUUCUUUCAGAAGAAGAUGAUAUAAACUUCAUUGAUGAUGGAGAUUUUGAGUACAUGUUUUCGGGUACUACAGAUCCUUUUGUUGGAUCGUUUACUGACCGAUUCAUGGAUUCUCCAGUUAAGGAUUUAUUACUCACACUUGUAUAA